GGGUGUGCUAGGGGCAAUUCUUCGGAUGAUUUAAUUUUCUUCUGAUCUUAGAGACGGAUUAGCGACCGCUUAAAAUCCGUCUCUAAAAUCAGAAGAUAAACAGAACAUUUCCUUUUUCUUCAUAUCAUCUGCGUUUUCUUCUCAAAACCUAAAACGCGCCGCUCCUCUCAAAACCACCGUUCCUCUGUCUCCGUUUCUCUGCCGCCGCUCUCUGGUUCGCCGCUCCUCUCUCCCAACAUUAGUGGCUGCCGCAGCCGCCGUUCGUCGUCCGUCCUCCUUCACCUCUGUUUUCCGGUGCCCCGUUAAAGAAAUGGAUCCAGAUCGCAGUUGGAUGUAUAGGAGACUCACGGGCGGGUUGCUACACCCAGGGUUUUAUGAGCACGUAGAGGAAUUUGUUAAUUUUGCUUUACGCCAUCCCGGGUGCAUGAGUGGUGGGGUACAAAUUAAAUGCCCCUGCUCUCAGAAAAAAUGUAGAAAUACGAGUUAUCGAGAUGUUGAGACUGUGAAAUUGCAUAUUUUGAAGAAAGGGUUUGUGCAAGGUUACCAUGUAUGGGUUUUUCAUGGCGAGGGGACCGUCUUAAAUCCCCUUCCCAUUGCACAGCUACCGAAGAAUGAGUUUGACUCUAAAAAUGAGGGGGGUAAGUUCAGUUUCGUUCAAAAAGUGAUUAUCGAUACUGCUGGUCCAGAAGUAGUGCUCACAGAUGAUGUGAAGAAGAAGUCUGAGAUAGCGCUAGCUAAUCAGAUGAGCGAGCCGACGGGUCCCGGCUCUGACCCAGUCAGCCAUACAGGAGGAUCCCGUUCCGCUGUUAAGCAUAUGGAUGUGAUGGCUAAGGUGCUUGGCAGCAAGCCGACCGCACCAGAGCUGUCUAAUCGCCUUCACUCCACGAAAGCUGAUAAGCGGGUCCUAUUGGACAAGAGGGCUCACGAUAUGAGUGACGCGGUCGCUCAUAGACUUGUUGCUGCGUCCCAGUCGACGACCGGAGAUGGUAACUCCUCGAGUCCAGCGGACGUGGACGAGACCCGGGUACUUCUGGAUAUCGAGGGCGUCAACAAGAAGCAGCGCUUGCACGGGCUGGGUUCGGCGACUAGCAAGUACUUCGAUGAGGCCACGAGUAGCAGAGCGCGCGGCAGCUCUUCGCAGUCACAGCGGGCGGACGACGAUUUCGAGCGGCGUGUGCAGGCCGGCGUCCAGGAGGGACUACGUCAGGCUACAGCCGACUUCAAGGUGAGGGUGGCCGAGUUUGGACGUCAGCAGCUGGCUAGCAACAACGAGCGGAUGACCACGCUUAUCCGUGCGGAGAUUGCGAAGAUGAUGCCGAACCUUCCUCCGGAGUAUCACCCAUAGUUCCCCCCCAGCAGACGAUGACAUUAUCUUCGUGGCUUUGCAGUGCCGUGUUUGUUUUAUUUCCCAACAGUUUAUGUUGUUUAACACUUUAUAUAGUAACUUUCAUGUAAAUUUUGACAUUGUUUUAUGUAUUACCUUGUUUUCUUUCUUUUAA